AUGGGGGUGGGAGCCCAGGUAGCUUUAAGCUCUUUCGAGACCCUGAAUCGCCUGCAGCAUUUGGCUUUAACAGUUCCGCUGAGGAAAGCCACUUUUCAGUUUUCCCUCCUGCUGCCACUCCUUACCGCGUUGGACAUGGGCAUCUGCGCAGCAAAGGAGAAGGUGGUUGCUCACAACGAGGUGGUCCUGAACAUCUAUGACGUGAAUGCCGGCACAUUGCAGACCUACGAUGCCGAGGACAUGGAGAAGAACGGCAGGGUGUACCACUGCAUCGGCAACGGAUUCUUCCACGUCGGCUGUCAGGUUGGUGAAGGCGAGGAGUGGGCCUAUGCGUUCUGUGAGCAGGGCAGCGGCAUCUUCAAGUGUUCACCGAAGGCGAACCCGAUGAAGAAGAGGUCGAGCAUUUCCGUGGGCAUCUCCAGUUUCACUUCGGAGGAAGAGAUCAAGAGCAAGAUCGAAAGCCUCAUGGGUCAGUAUCGUGGCGACCAGUACGACUUGCUCCACCGCAAUUGCUGCAAUUUCGCCGAGUCCCUUUGCAGAGCGCUGGAAAUCCCGGAAGACGAAUCCCAAAACGAUGUCAUCAACCUAACAGGAGCUGCAGCUGCCGAAGUUGAGACGGAGCAAGGCGCCGGAGAUUAUCCCGCCUUUAUCAGCAAGGCACUGACAUCUGGUACGGGGGCUUUGACAACGCCACGCUCGAGAAGGUCUUGA